AUGAGCCGUCUUUUCCCGUGAGUUUUCAAAUAAAAACUUUUUAAACUUGAUUUUAAUUUUUUCUAGGCUUCUUCUAGUUCUCGCUUUCCUUGGCUGCGCCAUCUACGAGGCUGAUGCUCAAUACUACGCCUUGGCGGUGAGUUUUUUUGACGGAGGAAUAUGGUUCAAAGUGAUUUUUUUAUUGCAGUUUUUUGAUAGAACAUACUUUCAAUUUAGAAAAAAAUGUGGUCGCAUUUGGAAUGGCUAGGAAAAAUUGCGGAAAAACAGUACCCAAUCGACUAGAAUUCCAGUAUCUGCUGAUAAUAAUUUAUAAAGUUUUUGCGCGCAAGUAGUUUCUGGUCGGCCGCGCUUUGAAACCACCAAUCAUUCCACGUGCUCAGAAAUCGGUGCAAUUCAGGUGUUUCACAACUUUUUAAUAAAUUUUAAAAUUACUUUUUCUCGCUUUUAACAAAAACGUCUUGUAUUUUAUACAUUCCUUUUUUUAUACAUAAUACAUUCCUUUUCAGUACCCAUACUACUACUCGUACUACCCGUACUACUAUUCCUACUAUCCCUACUACGGUUACUACGGAAAACGAUCCGUCGACUGGAACCAAGCUCCUGGAGCCCAGAAUGCUCAAAAUGCCCAAAACCAGCAGGUUCAGGUAAAAAUGAACAUUUUCCAACUGAAACCCUUGUUUUUUUCCAGUGGCAACCUCAACAAGGCCAAUAA